AUGCCGAGAGUCUGGUUCAUCACCGGGUCCUCCCGUGGUCUCGGUCUUGCCAUUGCUAAAGCUGCCCUUGACGCCGGAGACUCAGUAAUUGCCACGGCUCGAAAACCAGAACAGGUCACAGGACUUGUGAAGAGCUACAGCAGCGAGAGAGUCCUUCCUCUUUCCUUGGAUGUCAGCAACAACGAACAAGUGAUCAAAUGUGUCAAUGCUGGACACGAGAAAUUCAGCAGGAUUGAUGUUGUUGUCAAUAAUGCAGGAUACGCGAACACGGCAAGUGUGGAAGAUAUCGACGUCCAUGACUUCCGCACUCAACUCAAUGCCAACUUCUAUGGGACAGUCUACGUAUCCAAGGCUGUAAUCCCAAUCCUUCGUCAGCAGAAAUCGGGCCACAUAUUCCAGAUAUCCUCGAUUGGUGGGCGAGUCGGUACGCCAGGUCUCUCUGCCUACCAGUCUGCGAAAUGGGCUAUCGGCGGUUUCUCGACUGUCCUUGCCCAGGAAGUGGCACCGUUCGGCGUCAAGGUCACCGUUGUUGAACCUGGCAGCAUGAAGACCGAUUUCGCUGGCUCAUCCAUGGAUAUUCCGGAAGUGAGCGAACCAUACCAAAGUACAGUCGGUUGUUUUGCGCAGAUCAUUCGACAAAUCUCGGGGAGCGAGCUGUCCAUACCUAGCAAGGUGGCAGACAUCAUUAUCAAGGUAUUGGAGGAAGAUGAGCCUCCUUUGCGCCUUCUAGUCGGUGCUGAUGCGGUGGAAUAUGCUGGAAAGACCGCUGAAGCACUCGCUGCGUCCGAUGAGAAAUGGCGUGAAUUGAGCGUGUCUUCGGCUUAG